AUGAACGUGCGUGUGGAAACCGCCGCCUUGGUGGUUAGCCUGGUGAGCUUUCUCAGUCUUAACGUUUCCUGUACACCCCUGCACCCGAAACUGUUCGAUGAAGUUGAGGUCGAACCACGCGUCCAACUGGAACAGUACCGGCUAAACGAUGACGUGCUGCCUUCUCACUAUGACAUCGAAAUUAAGCCGUAUUUUGAAGCUGAAAACGAAAAGAAAGCAUUUACAUUCGAUGGUCACACUGUCAUCAGUGUUACCGCGUCGAAGGAAAACGUUGCGCAGAUCAGACUGCAUAAGGCAAACAUGAACAUUACGUCCUGGAGCGUGAUGCGCAAAAGCAACAGUAGGUUGGUGCGCAGCGAAAACGAAACGUACGACGAGGAAACGCAAAUUCUGACGCUACAUCUUAACGAAACAUUGCUGAAAAAUGUCGAGUACCUUAUGGUGUUUAACUACGUUGGCGUGAUGGAAGAAAAUAUGCGUGGAUUCUACCGAAGUUACUUCUACGAGAAUGGAAUGAAAGUGUGGCUUGGAUCGACACAGUUUGAGCAAACAGAGGCACGUCGGGCGUUUCCGUGCUUUGAUGAGCCCAAGUUCAAGGCGACAUUUCAGCUGAAGCUAAGCUACAAACCUCUCCAAUACGAAAUAUUCUCCAACACGCGGAUCACCAAAAGCGAUGUCAUUGGCAACAAUCGCACAUUGGCAACGUUUGGCAUCACACCGAAAAUGUCCACGUAUCUGCUUGCGUUCAUCGUUGCACCGUACAGUACGAGCGGAGACGGUAUUUUACAAAUUCUAUCACGUCCAGAAGCCUCCAACCAGACAGCGUACGGUAUUGACCAGGGUCUGCGGCUGCUGCAAGCAUUGGGCGAUUGGAUACAGUAUCCAUUCAACAAUGUGACGGAGAUUCAACGCAUGUAUAUGGCGGCAGUGCCCGACUUUGCCGCAGGAGCAAUGGAAAACUGGGGUUUAAUCACGUACCGCGAGUCAAGCUUACUAUACGUGCCGGAAGACGCUACCAGUCUGCAGCAGCAGCGCAUCGCAACGAUCAUCUCGCACGAGCUGGCUCACCAGUGGUUUGGAAAUUUGAUCACCUGCGAAUGGUGGGAUGUAACCUGGUUAAAUGAAGGGUUCGCUACAUAUUUCGAGUAUUUCGGUACCGCCCUCGUUGAACCGACUUGGGAGCUAGAGCAACAGUUUGUGGUCGAGAAGCUGCACACUGCCAUGCAAACGGACGGUGCCUUGUCGACCCACCCAAUGACACAUCCGGUCUACACACAGGCCCAGGCAGCCGCUAUAUUCGAUACCAUUUCCUACAACAAGGGUGGCGUUGUGUUGCGAAUGUUGGAACACCACAUGACGAAAGAGGUAUUUAAGAACGCUAUUGUAGAGUAUGUGAAAGAGCGGCAAUUUAGCGCGUCGCGUCCGGAGCAUCUUUUUGCUGUGCUGGAUAAACACAAUUACAGUGCGAGUGCUUUCAUGAAACCCUGGACAACUCAGCCAGGAUUCCCCCUUGUGACCGUUACCGCCAAUGCAAAUGGAUUCACCAUCAUCCAGCAACGGUUCCUUGCUAAUCACACCGAUCAUGAAGAUGAACUGCUCUGGCCGUUACCGAUUACGUUUGCUACCAAUGGGGAUGAAUUCGCAAACACUAAACCAACGGUUGUUACUUCAGAGUCGUACAAUAUUUACAUGAAAAAUGCUACCGACGUGAAAUACUUCAUCCUCAACAACCAGCAGGUGGGUUACUAUCGCGUACAUUACGCGGACGAGUUGUGGGAUAAGAUCAGUACGGCACUGCGCACCAGAGGCUUCGAGGGCAUCCAUGUGCUCAACCGUGCACAGAUUGUUGACGAUUUGUUCAAUCUGGCCAAAGCGGACGUCAUGGGAUAUCGCAAAGCGUUAGAUAUAUUGGAGUACCUCAAAGAGGAAACCGAGUACGCGCCAUGGUUUGCCGCUGCCAACGGAUUGGCCGCACUGUCGCUAAGGAUUCAUUCGGAGGAUGAGAAGUUAUUUGCGCAACACGUCAUGGACAUUUUUGCCAAAGUCUACGAGUAUGUCCAAUUUCAAGCACCUCCACACUCGGAGCAUCGAUUACACACUUACCUGCGACGUUUGGUACUCGACUGGACCUGUCGCUACGGGCAUGAAGGCUGCAGUACGAGUGCUUUGAAGGAAUUUGAAUCAUUCCGUGCCAAUUCGAGUGCAAAAGUUCAUCCCGACCUGCGCCAGGUGGUGUACUGUGAAGGUAUGCGCAGAGGAUCGCACGAGCAGUUUGAUUUCCUCUUAAAUCUAUACCUCACGACAAAUGUGGCUACGGAGCAACAGCUCGCGUUGCAGGGCAUGAGUUGUGCAACAGAGAAAGCAGUUAUUCAUAAAUAUUUGAACUUCACAAGCUCACCAGACGUUCGUAGACAGGAUAAGGGAGCCGCGCUAACACUGCUGCUAAACAAUCAGAACGCACUGGAAUCGGCUGCAUCCUACCUAAUAGAAAACAGUGGCCACUGGGCUGAAGCUCAUGGAGGCUACGAAAAGGUUGCGAUGGCCCUCGGUGGUAUCCUUACACGAGUGAAGGAUGUGACUGUGCGGGAAACUAUUGCACAAUUCGCCGAAGCUAGUAAAGAUGUACUGGGAACGGAUGCGUACGAACUCAUCAGCAAGGGACUGGAGGAAUAUGACAACAAUCAACAGUUUACCAUGAAUCACCGCGAUGAGAUACUCGGAUUCCUUUCUCUGAAAACUGCCAGCGGUUCGUCACGGACUGUUAUCGCCAACGUUGUUGUAGCGCUGUGCUUGGUACUGUUAGCGGUGUGGUAG